GUAUAAAGUGACUCAGGCAGAGCUGUUUGCGUUGUUGUGUCGUCUGGCGGAUGAAUUGCUUUUCAGGCAGAUUGCUUGGAUCAAGAAGCUGCCGUUCUUCUGCGAACUCUCCAUCAAGGACUAUACCUGCCUGCUCAGCUCUACAUGGCAGGAGCUGAUCCUGCUCUCCUCGCUGACUGUUUACAGCAAGCAGAUCUUUGGUGACCUUGCGGACGUCACCUCCAAGUACUCUCCUUCUGACGAUGAGCUGCACAGAUUCAGUGAAGAGGGAAUGGAGGUGAUGGAGCGGUUGAUCUACCUCUUUCGCAAAUUUAACCAGUUGAAGGUCAGCAACGAGGAGUAUGCGUGUAUGAAAGCCAUUAACUUCCUAAAUCAAGACAUCAGGGGUCUGGCUAACGCGUCCCAACUGGAGCAGCUGAAUAAGCGGUAUUGGUAUGUUUGCCAGGACUUCACGGAGUACAAAUACCCACACCAGCCAAACCGUUUCCCGGAUUUAAUGAUGUGUUUGCCAGAGAUACGAUAUAUUGCAGGAAAAAUGGUGAAUGUCCCCCUGGAGCAGCUGCCUCUCCUUUUUAAGGCCGUUCUACAUUCCUGCAAGACAAGCGUGAGCAAAGAGUGAGCCCAGGUCGCCCCGGCCGGUGCCUUACGCUGUGCCUCAGGCAGGGAGCUGGCUCACCUCGGGAGAGGGGCAAA